AUGGAACCUCCUAAUUGUAAGUUUUACUUUUCAUCUUAGAAAUACCAAAAUCUGUCAUGGAUGGAUUCGAUAAUAUCUUGUUGACUCAGACCUCAUUUAUGCCUUAAAAAAAGAAGGUGUUUUUGGAAGACAAUAUAAAAUACGGGAAGGAAAUCGAUAGAGAUUAUAAUAAAUUAUAAGAUAUUCUUGAUGUAAAAGUAAUGAUGGAAUAGGGAGAAUUUAUAAGGGAAGAUUGAUAAGAUUAUCAAAUCUUAAGAGGAUGACUUUAUGAUUGCUUAUAGGGAAUAAAUGACGGACGUGCAGAAGGAGUUAAAGAAUAUGAAGAGAAAAAUAGACGAGGAGGCUCUGAGGUAGAAGGCAGAUGAGAAAAAGAGAAUUCUGGAGGAAGAGAGAGAUUAUUUUAAGGAAGAAGCCCUAAGAUUGGACAAAUUAUGUUAGGAAUAAUUAAGAACUAUUGAAGAACUCAAGUUUAAAUUGAAAAUUACAUAAGAAGAAAAGCAAUAUUAUGAAGGUUUUGUGAUAGGUAUAAGUUGGGAAUAAUUAAAUAGAUUCAAAAAAGGAAAAUAAAGCAUUAAAAUAUGAGUUAUUGUAUUUGUAUAAACAAAAGAGUGAGGAACAGAAAGGAGGAACAAAGGUAAGUCAAGUUGGAGAUGUUGGACAAAGAAAUAAUAUGAAGAAGAUACUUGAAAUUAGACCAGACAUGAGACCUAUGACUUAGGAUGGCACUCACGUGAGUUCAACAAAAGAUGAAAUUGGUGAAGGAUCAAAAAGGGGGUUUUCAUCUGUGAAGAAAACUUUAAAGACUCAAUUAUCCACAAAAUUCUAGGAUUAAGGUUCUUCAUUACAUGAUUUUUAUAAGAGAGAUUUAUCAUCUUAAUAGUAAAGUAGAUAAAAUCAAGACAUGUAAUAGGUAUUAAUUGCAUAAUAUUAGAUUGAAGAAAUCAAUAAAAGUAAUGUAAUCUAAGAUUUGAAGUAGCAGUUGCAGAAAGAAAAAUAAUUGACUUAGUAAUUGAAAGUAGAACUAUCAUAAUAGAAUUGUUAAAGAGGAGAGCUUGAAUAAAUAUUAUUGGAAUGCGUUGCUGAGAAGAAGAAAGAAGUUCAUUCUCGUUAAUGCUUACAAAAAUAGGUAUUGAACCAUAGAUAUUUGGAUCCAUUUAAUCAUGAUGGAGACACUAAUUUUUCACAAUUUACUCAUACUGAUAAAAUGUAAUAAUUAUAAAUUUAAGCUUUAGUUAAUUGUUGAGAAAAUAUAUAGAAAGCGAAGAAUUUUUCGAUUAAUUGUAUUCAAUUACCUUCAAUAAUUAAUUUUCAAUAUCUUCAUCACUUAAAUUAAAUGAAAAAUGGAAAAUGGAUGCAGAUGAAGCAAAUAAAAAGUUCAAUCAUUUCAAAACCUUUAAAUUUAAGCACAUAACAAGUUAACGUAAUUUAUACUAGUUUUAUCAUUAUAGCAAUAUUAAAAACAUCCCUUGUUAAGAAAAAUGAAAGAGAAAUAAUAUCUAUAUCUAAUAAUUUCACUGAAAAAACAAAGGGAUUAAUUGAUAAAAUAAUUAAAAAUUGA